UGGGUCAAGUUCAGGAAGUAAGUAGCGCCGCUUGGGCGCCAGGAGCGCUGCGGCUGCACACCAGUUGCAUGGCGGCGUCCAGGGCGGAUCCGGGUGACGCUUUCGCGGCGAAGCGCCUGCUCUUAGGUGGCACGUCUGCGUGGUACGUGCCAGCCCAUUUCGAGCCUGUGAAAAAGGUCAGCAUGUGCGCUCACACCGAGGUGCUCACGUUUCUGGACACGGAGUCUGGGAGCAUCGUGUCGGUCAAAAAGGUGAAGGACGCGAUGCGAAAUCUUGCGGACGCGCAGAGACUCUUGCGGGAAGUGAAGGUUCUACGAUCGGCUCGACACGAAAAUCUUCUGGCCGUGGUGGAUGCCUAUGCGCCAAGUAGUCUGAAAGACGUUUACGUUGUGACGCCAGCCAUGCAAUCCAGCCUGCACCGAGUGAUAAGCUCUGGGCAGACGCUCACGUGGGAGCACCGGCGGCUCCUCCUGCACCAGAUAUUGAAGGGCCUCUUAUACCUUCACAGCGCGGGCCUUGUGCAUCGAGAGCUGCGGCCGAGCAAUAUCCUCGUGAACGCGAACUGCAGCCUCAAGAUAUGCAACUUCGGCCUCACGCGUUGCCGGGAGGAGGAGGACGGCGUGGCCGCCUCGGAGUACCGCGCCCCCGAGCUGCUGCUCGGCAGCAGGUACACCUGCGCCGUGGACAUCUGGGCCGCUGGAUGCAUCCUCGGUGAGCUUGCCGCGGGGAGGGCAGUCUUCGGCGGCAGGGACAGCCUGGACCAGCUUCGUCGGAUUCUGUCGGUCCUGGGGCCUCCUCCCGCUGGGGAUUUGGACUGGAUCCCCAGCAGCGGCAGGGAGCUCCUGCAGGAGCUGCUGCGAACCGCCCUGCGCGGUGGUCGGCCCGCCUGCUGGGCGGACGUGAUCCCGGGCAGCCCCGGGCUGGAGCUCCAGACUGUGGAGUCCAUGCUCGCGUUCGGGCCGCGGCGGCGCCCGACGGCUCUCGACAUGCUGAGGCACCCGAGCCUGCAGCCCUACCACUCCGAGGCCGACGAGGUGAGGUCCGAGUCGACCUUCGACCUCUCCUUUGACAGGCACGCCCUGUCCGACGAGGAGCUCCGGGGGCGCCUUCGGGACGAGUGCCGUAUCUUCCAGCACUCGCAGGCGUCUCCCAGCACGCGGCUGUUCACGCCCGAGCACCGGGGCGCGCGGCUCGGCGUCGUCGCGCUGCCCUCGUGCCACUCGGAGAGGGGCAGCGCGUGGAGCUACAGCCCGCUGUCGUCCGCGGGCGGCGAGGGCCUGUCUCCCCCGUUCCGCGCGGCAGGGGGGAGCGGGCAGGUCGCGGAGGCGGAGUGCACCCUCGCGUCCGAGGCGUCGUCCUCCCUGGUGGCCGCCGCGCUGGAGGUGGGGGAGACGCCGCCCGCGAAGCAGUUCCAGAAGUCUGACGCUGCGCCGGAGCGGUAUCGACUAGGCAGCGGGUGACGCCGCCGCCAAAGCUACCGGGAUCGAGUAUGGACUAGGGCGGAUUUCGUCACAUAUUCUUGUUUAGGCCCUAGGCCCACGGCCUACCCGUCCCACUGAGGGGCAGGGGCCAGACCAACAACCAAGCAUACCCCCCAGAGGCAACAGGAAGAAACAGCCCAGGCGGGGUCUGAUUGCCCUUGUGCCUCCAGAGGGUCUGUUCUGGCUGUCUGCUCUCCCCACCCGACCCCUGGCUGGGCACGUGGACCACGAGCCCAGGGCAGUCGUGCGUGUUCGCUCUCGGAGCAAGAUGGGUCAACGGGAUACCUGUGAAGUAAUGCCCAAUUUUCGGUGUUUCACCUCGAUUGCACAAGUCAAUCUUCUUGGGGGAGGGAGCCCCAUCAUGCGGCACCCGCAUGGGCGCAGGCCGUAGCUUGGUGUUCCGUGUGUGCUCCAGGUGGCUGCACGUGGUGCACGUGUUCACUAUAUUGGAGAAGUGGGGCCGAAGAGCAGCAGAACGACCAUG